AUGCGGGAGCUGCGGCAUGAGAACAGUGACACCUUCCUGGGCUUCUCUGUGGCCCCUGGGGUCAGUGCUCUUGUGUUGGAGCACUGUGCCCGGGGAAGCCUGGAGGACGUGCUGCGGAAUGAGGCUCUGCGGCUGGACUGGACUUUCAAGGCCUCCCUGGUGCUGGAUAUGAUCCGUGGGGUGUGGUAUCUGCACCAUCGGCAUUUCCCUCAUGGCUGCCUCAAGUCCCGAAACUGGGUGGCUGGACGCUUUGUGCUGAAGGUCACUGACCAUGGUUAUGCAGAGCUCCUGGACGCUCAGCAGGCUCCCCGCCCCCGGCCAGCCCCGGAAGAGCUGCUGUGGACAGCUCCGGAGCUGCUGCGGGGGCCCGGGGAACCCAGGUGGGGCACCCUCAAAGGAGACACCUUCAGCAUCGGCAUCAUCCUGCAGGAGGUGCUGACUUGGGGCCCGCCCUAUAGUUCCCCAGGACUCUCAGCAGAAGAAAUCAUCAGGAAGGUGGUGUCUCCCCCUCCGCUGUGCCGACCACUGGUGUCUCCUGACCACGGGCCACCUGAGUGCAUCCAGCUGAUGGAGCAGUGCUGAGAGGAGGCUCCGGAGGACAGACCCAACCUGGACCAGAUCUAUACCCAGUUCAAAAGCAUCAACCAAGGCAAGAAGACCAGUGUUGCUGACUCUAUGCUGCGGAUGCUGGAGAAGUAUUCCCAGAACCUGGAAGACCUGAUCCAGGAGUGGACUGAGGAGCUGGGGCUGGAGAGACAGAAGACGGAAAGGUUGCUCUCUCAGAUGCUCCUGCCGUCUGUGGCUGAAGCUCUGAAAAUGCGGGCAACUGUGGAGCCAGAGUACUUUGACCAGGUUACCAUAUACUUCAGUGACACUGUAGGCUUUACCACCAUCUCAGCCCUGAGUGAGCCCAUUGAGGUGGUGGGCUUGCUCAAUGACCUUUACACACUGUUUGAUGCUGUUCCGGGCAACCAUGACGUGUAUAAGGUGGAGACCAUCGGGGAUGCCUAAAUGGUGGCAGCGGGGCUGCCCCGGCGCAACAGGAGCCAGCAUGCAGCUGAGAUCACCAACAUGGCCUUGGACAUGCUCAGAUCUGUGGGCGACUUCCGGAUGAGGCAUGCGCCCACUGUGCCCGUUCGCAUCAGGGCUGGCCUCCAUUCAGGGCCCUGCAUGGCGGGGGUUGUGGGUCUUACCGUGCCUCAGUACUGCCUCUUUGGGGACACAGUUAACACCGCAUCCCGGAUGGAGUCUACAGGGAUACCGUACAGAAUUCAUGUCUGCAUAAGCACCGCCCAGACACUGCUCGGCCUGGAUGAAGGCUACAGAAUUGUUAUCAGAGGCCAGACUGAGCUAAAGGGGAGGGGCUUCAAGGAGACCUACUGGCUGGUGGGGAAGGCGGGCUUCCCCAGACCCCUCCCCACACCUCUGGACAUCAAACCCUGG